GCUAUCUGUAGCGCAAUGUACGAAACUCAACACAGAAAAGAAUAUAAAGUACAAAUCAUUUGUAAUAAAGAAUAUUUAAAAACAACACUGCUAGCGCAAUCUUUGAAUGGCGGAAAAAUUAACGCUUCAGAAAAUUAUUUUUUAUUAUACAGUAUUCUGAAUGACUCUGACAGUGAAGAUGAAUUACCUCCUGGAUGGGAGGAAAUGACAACCGUGGAUGGAAACGUUUAUUAUGUCAAUCAUUACACAAAAGGCACUCAGUGGACACAUCCUAGAACAGGUCGUAAAAAAAUUGUUGAAGGGGAAUUGCCAUCUGGAUGGGAAAGAUGUGUAUCAGAAGAUGGUAAAGUUUUAUUUGUUGAUCAUAUGAAUCGUACAACAACAUAUACUGAUCCAAGACUUGCAUUUGCUACGGAAUAUAGAGAAUCAUCACAACCUGUACGGCAGCGUUUUGAUAGUAGUAGCACAGCAUUAUCUGUUUUACAUGGUAGAGAUUUAAGAGGCAAAAUUGCCAUUGUUACUGGUGCUAAUACAGGCAUAGGGUUUGAAACUGCUAGAUCAUUAGCUCUACAUGGAUGCAGAGUUAUUUUAGCCUGCAGAGAUAUGAAAAAAGCUGAAGAAGCAGUUCAAAAAAUACAACAAGAAAGAGAUAAUGUAAUAUGUGAAACACUGCAUUUAGAUUUGUCAUCCUUACAUAGUGUUAGAGAAGCAGCUGAAAAAUUCAAACAAAAAUAUAGAACUCUUCACAUUCUUAUAUUAAAUGCUGGAGUGUUUGCAAUUCCUUAUCAACUUACAAAAGAUGGCUAUGAAGCAACAUUCCAAAUUAAUCAUCUUUCACAUUUUUAUUUUACACUUUUAUUAGAACAUCCAAUUCGAAGUUGUCAUAAUUCUAGGGUAGUGGUAGUUUCAAGUGAAUCACAUAGAUUCUCAUCUCUUCGAACAGUAGAAGAUUUUCAUCAAUUAACUCUUUCUCCUCCUGCAUAUAAAUAUUGGUUUAUGGGAGCAUAUAAUGAUUCAAAAUUAUGUAAUAUUUUAUUUGCACAAGAACUAGCAAAGUGUUGGCCGUCUGUAAGCGUAUUCAGUUGUCAUCCUGGUAAUAUGGUUUCUUCUUCACUGUCUCGUUAUUCGUGGACAUUACGAUUAUUAUUUAUGUUCGUUCGACCUUUCACAAAAUCGCUGCAACAAGCAGCAAGUACUUCUGUUUUUUGUGCGACAGCACCAGAAUUGGAAGGUGUUACUGGAGUUUAUUUCAAUAAUUGUUAUCGUUGCGAUCCAUCAAAUGUUGCCUUAGAUCCUGCACUUGCCGCAAGAUUAUGGUCUGUUAGUCAAGAAAUGAUUAUAAGUAUUAUGAAAAAAGACAAACUUUGGGAAACAUUAGCUUUAAAAUAAAAUAACUUAUUUUUCAAGUUAUAGAGAU